CUAGCAUCACCUUUGUAGAUUUCAGUAACAUCUAUUGAUCAGAACUAAAGAAUGCUUACCUUUGCGGUCAAUGAAAAUCAAAAAAAAAACUUGGGAGAGAGUUUUGCCAAGGGCAGUGGAUGUUUAAAACGGACUUGUGGAUUUUGUGUUUAUUCACUGUCUACAUUUACAGUAAAGUGAGAACCAUCUGAUGGCCAUGGCAAUGCUUUUGGUGCUUCAAGGAUAGGAAAACUAAUUUGGGAAAGGUCACUUGGAAAGUUCAUGUUGCUCCAGCACCUGCAGCACAUUUUGCUGCCCAGGGAUCUGUGGCUAUGAAUGUAACCACAGAUAACCAUUCAGAUGAUGUUUGGCAGAGGAAGAUCCAAACAAUUUACCUUCUUAAAGACUUCUGACACAGGAGCUGGACUUUAAGCAGAGUCUGAGUUACCGACAUGAAUGAAGAGUCAGGGUCAACAAUAAGGAGAGUCCCAGGCAUCUACUGACUCCGAUCACAAAUAACUAUGACCUGCCGAACACAGGAGGAUGCAGUCAUCAACCUGAAGUCUGUCCAGGAACUGGCCAAAGACCUCGGCUUUCAAUGGACCAUCGUGGCCUGUGAGCUGGGCUUCAGCAGAGCAGAGAUCAGCCACUUCCACAGAGCCUCCCUGGAGAAAAAGGUGCAAGCAAGGAAAAUGCUGGAGAGCUGGUACGAGAAAUCCUGGAACAAAGUGAACAAAACAAAGAUGCUGCAGGAUGCUUUGGAAAGGGCUGGGCGGAAGGAUUUGGCAGAUAAGCUACAGUGUCUGCACUGGGGACACCAGAAACUCAGUCGGCGUGUGGAGCUCCCCUCUGCCUUUCCCUUUCUCAUCACCAUACACAAGACUAUUAAUAACCGGGAAGGGUUGCAAAAAAUCAAUCAACUCAGCCAUAAAUAAUAAGGAAAUCCAUUCACUGUUGUGCCUUUUAACGGUACUUUAGAAAGUGCCUGGUGACAUUGAUCGACUUAAAAUGUUGCUCCUGUUGUAC